AUGAGACGUCAAACUAUUCCAGAAGGAUUACCCAAAUCCGACGUACACUUUGAAUUAGUUCACCGUACAAUUGAUAUUGAAAAAUUAAAAUUGGGAGAAAAUGAUUUUAUUUUGAAGAAUCUUUAUUUGUCUUUAGAUCCUUAUGUUCGUGUGACCUUAAGAGAACCUCAUAUUAAAUCAUUUAUGCCACCACAAAUAAUUGGUCAUGUUUUAAAUAGUGUUGGAGUAUCUGAAGUUGUAAAAUCAAAUAAUCCAACCCAUAAAAUUGGUGAUCUC